AUGGAACGCAUACAGCUGGGCGUCGCCGCCAUGGACCGCAAGGCGCGCUCCAAGCCCAUGCAAAACAUCCUCAACCGCCUCAUCAGCACCAAGGACUUCGACGUGACCAUCUUUGGCGAAAAGGUCAUCCUCGACGAACCCGUCCAGGACUGGCCCAUCGUAGACGUGCUCAUCUCCUUCUUCUCCACCGGUUUCCCACUCGAAAAGGCCAUCUCCUACGCAGAUCUCCGCAAGCCCGUGCUCGUCAACGACCUCCGCCUCCAGCAGGUCCUCUGGGACCGUCGUGCCGUCCUCCAGAUCCUCGACAGCGUAGGCGUGCCCACCCCGCGCCGUCUCGAAGUCGACCGUGACGGCGGCCCAGACCUUGAGGAUGCCAUCAUCGAAGAUCUCAAGUCCCGAAUCGGCGCAGACCUUCGCAAGGACCGCGACCCCAAAGAGUGCCGCCUCGAGUCGUACGACCAGCUCGUCAUCGGCGACCACAAGAUCGCAAAGCCCUUUGUCGAGAAGCCCGUCUCGGGCGAGGACCACAACAUCCACAUCUACUUCCCCAAGGCCAAAGGCGGCGGAGGCCGUCGCCUCUUCCGCAAGGUCGGCAACAAGUCGUCCGAGUACGACCCCAACCUCGUCCACCCGCGCACCGACGGCUCGUACAUCUACGAGGAGUUCAUGGACGUCGACAAUGCAGAGGAUAUCAAGGUCUACACCAUCGGCCCGCACUUUGUCCAUGCAGAGACCCGCAAAUCGCCCGUCGUCGACGGCGUCGUCAAACGCAACCCAGACGGCAAGGAGAUCCGCUACAUCACCAAACUCACCCCGGACGAGAUCAAGAUGGCCACCGCCAUCUCCACCGCCUUCAAGCAGAACAUCUGCGGCUUCGACCUCCUCCGCGUCGGCGGCAAGAGCUACGUCAUCGACGUAAACGGCUGGAGCUUCGUCAAGGGCAACGACUUCUACUACGACAAGUGCGCAGACAUCCUCAGCCGCUUCUGCAACGACAAGGUGGUUCGUCGCCCCAUCGGCAGCUCGGGCAGCGGCGUCGGCAGCGCAAGCCCGCGCGAGCGCGAGCGCUCCGCCUGGAAUCUCAAGGCCUCCGUCACCGUCUUCCGCCACGGCGACCGCACGCCCAAGCAGAAGCUCAAGCGCUCCUUCAAGCCAUCCGACAGCUGGGCGGCUCCCCUCAUCGCGCUCCUCCAGGGACGCAGGGAGGAGAUCAUCCUGCGAACCCAGCUCGACCUCGUCUCCACCGCCGCCUCCGAAGCGCUCGCCUUGCCCGGCGCCAACGUCGAGGAUCUCGAGCUCAUCAUCCAGCUCAUCAACCGCAAGAAGGAUAUGCCCGGCACCAAGGUCCAGAUCAAGCCGAGCUUCGACAAGCAGUCGGCCGAGCUGGCCAAGAUGCAGCUGAUCAUCAAGUGGGGCGGCGAGUUCUCGCAUGCGGCGCGCCACCAGGCCAAGGAGUUUGGCAACAACAUGCGCAAGGACAUGAUCAUCAUGAACGCCGACGCGCUCUCCAACUGCACCGUCUACACCUCGUCCGAGCGUCGCGUCACCGCCAGCGCCGAGAUCUUUGCCGCCGCCUUCCUCGACGAGUCGAGCGGCGAAAAGGAGAUGAUCAUCCGCAAGGAUCUGCUCGACGACAGCAAUGCCGCCAAGGACGUCAUGGACGUGGUCAAGAAGAAGCUCAAGGCUUCGCUCCGGCCCGAUUCGCCCGAGGCCGGUACGGUGCCCGACGAUUGGCCCGAGGAUCUGCCGCCUCCGGCGCGGUUGGCGCUGGAUAUCGCCGCACUGCUGGGCAAGCUGCGCGAGAUCAUGCGACAGAACUACAAGACGCUGGGCAAGGCGAUCGACAGGGUGCAGACGCGAUGGUGCACGCACGAGACGCCCCAGCUCUUCCGCGAGCGCUGGGAGAAGCUGUUCAACGACUUUGAAGAGGAUCCGCACGAUCCAUCGCGAUCCUCGGAGCUGUACGAUAUGCUGAGCCACGAUGGUCUGCACAACCGCCAGUUCAUCGAGACCGUCUUUGCCGAUGCGGCGGUGACGGACGCGGACCUGGACAGGAGGUUGACGCAUCUGCACGAGCUGUACCGCAAGGCGCUGGCGCUCUUCCAGUUCAUCUGUCCGAGGGAGUACGGCAUCACGCCCGAGGAGAAGGAGGAGAUCGGAUUCCUCACAUCCAUGCCUCUGCUCAAGAACAUCGUCGAGGAUCUCGAGGGUGCCAAGGAGAGCAAGGGCAUUUGCAGCCUCUACUUCACCAAGGAGAGUCACAUCCACACGCUGCUCAACCUCGUGCUCGCUUCCGAGCUCAAUGUGGUCAUGCAAAAGAUCCCGCCGCUCGACUACUUUGCCAGCAUCACGUUCGAGGUGUACGAGCGCAACUCUUCCACCACACCCGCAUCGUCUACAAACACGCCGGGGAGUGCGUCGAGCAGCCUGCACGAUGGAUCGUCCACCUCGUCCCUGCCUAGCUCGCAGCAGCAGUACUCGCUGCUGAUUAGCGUCUCGGAAGGCGCCCACUCGAGCAACAUCCUCAGCAUCAACCUCGAUGCACGCCAUGCGCUCACCGCCUUACCCAGACGUCCGCUCACCACGCACAUGGACUUUGACGAGGCCAUGAGCAAGCUCCAGGCGCACAGCAGCCGCACCAACACCGUCGAACGCGGCAUGGUCGAAGGCUCCACCGUCUUUUUCGGCCAGCACGAUCCCGACCGCCAAUUCAUCCCCAUCAAGAACCGCCGCGACAGCGUCGAUACCGACCGCAGCUCCGUGCGUCAAGCUUAG